AUACAUAGACAUCACAUCUAAUCGCUCUUCAUCGUCUACAUACUUCACUUUGCAUAUUUAAAAAAUCCGCAGCACGCACCAUCCACGAAAAGAAAAUGCAUCUCCACGACCCUCCCAGCACGACCCCCUCCUCCACGCCGAUCAACAUCAACGCUCCCAGCGGGCCCACAGCGACCACCGACCGGUCCAAAGAACAACAAUCCCAGACCGAGCGACCGCUCUACUUCGCCUACGGCUCCAACCUGUCCCCGUCGCAGAUGUCCACGCGCUGCAUCCACAACCCGGCCUCCUCGGUGCCGCUUGCCAUCGCGCGCCUCCCGCACUGGCGCUGGCUGAUCUGUGACGCCGGCUACGCGAACGUCCUCCCGCCGCCCGAGCUGCGCGUCGGUCCGCAGACGGGUGUGCAGGGCGACGAGGUGCCCGUCUCGGGGACAGAGGACGCGGUGUAUGGGGUGCUGUACGCGAUGGACGAGCGGGACGAGCGGCUGCUAGAUGGGUUCGAGGGCGUGGACUGGGAUGCGCCUGCGGCGGGGUCGGGCGGUGGGAAGGACGGCGCGGUCGUGGUGCCGCCGGUGAGUGUUCGGCCCAGGGAGCAAGGGCAGGGAGAUUACAAUAAGUGGGUGGUCGACGCGGAGGUGGUGCAGUGGUUGGAGGGUGCGCACGGUGGCGAUAACACCGUGCCGGUGUUGGUGUAUGUCGAUGAGUUGAGGGUCAAGUUGGGCCUGCCCAAGGAGGAGUACAUCCCGCGCAUGAAUCGCGCAAUCCGGGAGUCGGUCGCCCUCGGACUUCCGGCGAGAUGGGCCGAGGAGGUUAUGAGGCCGUCGAUACCUCUUAAUUAAGUGG